AUGCAUACCGCCGCGCUCUUCGAAUCGCUUUUUGCUCGUAUUUCAGUCAUCAACUCUUUAAAGAAAAGGUGCCUUUCGAAUCUCCACAUAUUCCCGCACUUUGCGCUGAUACUACACACACACACACGAAGCAUGCCGCUCAUCUACGCCUUCGUCGCCGUCACCAAAGGCCCGACGAAAACUAUUUUGGCGGAAUACACCGCGUAUUCCGGGAACUUUUCCACCAUCGCCACGCAGGCUUUAGAUAAAGUCCCUCACACGGACGCUAAGUUCACGUACAACGCGGACCGACACACGUUCAACUACUUGGUGGACUCCGGUUUUACCUACCUCGUCGUCGCGGACGACGAUUGCGGGAGGCAGAUGCCUUUUCAGUUCUUGGAGAAGGUGAAAACAGUCUUCGCGCAAAAAUUCGCCGGAUCGAUUAACGAGGGGAGCGUGAACGCGCACAGUUUGGACAGGACGUUUGGACCUACGCUGAAAAAAGAGAUGGAAGAAACGAUGGCGAUGGAGCAGUUGAGUGGUGGCGGUGGUGAUGGCGUUGGCGGCGCGCAGACCGGGAGUAAUAAAGUCGCGUCCGUGCAGCAACAAGUCAGCGAGGUGAAGGAAAUCAUGAUGGAUAACAUCGAGAAAGUUUUGGAUCGAGGGGAGAAGAUUGAGGUGUUGGUGGAUAAGACGGAGGCGUUGAGGUUUCAGGCGGAUAAUUUCCACAAGCAAGGGAGGGCGUUGAGGAAUCGCAUGUGGUGGAAUAAUUUGAAGAUGAAGUUGAUAUUGUUGGUCUUCGUUAUCGGCGUCGGGAUUAUUAUUUUUUGCGUGUUUUGUUUCGGAGGGGAGAAGAAUUGCACGGCGAAGAAGAAGAGCAGCGGCCAAGAGACGGCGAGAAGAUUGGCGAGAAGACUCUUGUUGGGUUUGGUUGUCGCCGGAGUUGGGGUGGGUGAUGGAGUGGACGUGGAGAUGGAGAAUAACGGAGCGGGGGCGUUUCUCUUGGAAAAUUAG